AUGACGGCGACGAUCUUUUUGCGCAAUCUCCCAUGGGAUAUACCUUCCCCGCUCCUGCUGGAAAGCAUUGACGCCGCCCUUGUGGGUUCGGGCAGGCUUCUGGAGCCCCCUGCCAUUGUGGAAUUGCCCGGUGGGCCCAUCAAGCAUGUCAAGAACAAUCGGAUGAAGCUGCACGAAGGCACAGCGGCCUUGCGCUUCGCGGACGCCGCGGCGGCCGAUGCCUUCCGCGCCAGCAUGGAGGGCGGCAGGGUGCUGCCCGGCUGCGGUGACCGCCCGCUCUUCGUCGAGGAGCCGCCGCAGAGCCCGCCCCCGCCGUGCGACCCGAGCCAGCCGCGCCCGCGGCGGAAGGCGGACAUGAGACCGCAGUGGCGCUUCCGCCGCGCUCCGCGGCCAGAGCGCGACGAGGCCGUCGACGCGGCGCUCCGGUCGCUGGCGCCUCCCGCGGAGCUGGAGCUGGCACGGGCCGCCGCCCCCGAGGCGAGCUGGCUGGACGGCUGCCACUGGCGGCUCCCCGAGGCGAUGUGGGCGUCCGCGUCCGCCGGGAUGGCGUGGGAGAGCAUGCCCGCGGAGUGCGACCCGCAGCGCUCCGCGAGGAAGAUGGCCGGCGGCAGCAUGCGCGGCGCGCGCAAGCGCGAGCAGGCCACCGAGUUUGCGUGCGUCCUGGAGGCGCUGCUGCACGGCGCCCCCGGGGGAGGCACUGUGGUGGACGCGGGGUGCGGGUCGGGAAACUUGCUGCUCCCGCUGGCGUUCAGGUUCCCAGAUCACGCAACCGACUUCCUCGGGCUCGAUUUCAAGCCCGCGGCAGUGGCGCUCGUCAGGAAACGCGCCGCCACGGCUGGGCUGACGAACGUCAGCGCGCUGGCCGUGGACAUCGAUGCGUACGACCCCCCUCGAGACGGCAGCGGCCAGGCGGCUGACCGCGGCGCUGCGGCCGGGGCGCUGGUCGCCGUGCUGGCGCUGCACGCGUGCGGGGGCGCGAGCGACGCGCCAUCCGACUGGCGGCGCGCGCCGCCGUUCCCUUCGCCGUCUCGCCGUGCUGCAUAG